GAGACCGCGAACCAGGACCAUCGUCGUCACUGGUUUCAUACAGGGUUAUUUCAUUCUCGGAUUUCAAGCAGUUCCAUCAAAACUCAUCGAUCGAAAUUGUUUUUUCCACAUCUGGCGUUCCUUUAUUAUUGAAAGAUGAGUUGUAAUUGUCCGCUGACUGCUUCAACGGGGCCGACUUUGGCCUCGACUUGCGGUGGACCUUCCUUCAUGCUCUUCAUGGGUCUUCUCGAAGUCUUUCUCAGAAGUCAGUGCGACCUCGAAGAUCCUUGCAAUCGCCCGCAUCCCCGUGAUCGCGUCGAUACGAGCUACGACUUCAUAGUAAUUGGUGGAGGAAGCGGAGGUGCUACCGUUGCUGCGAGAUUAACGGAAGAAGACAACUUUUCAGUCUUACUCAUCGAAGCCGGUAAUGACGAACCAACUGGCACCCAAAUCCCCUCGUUUUUUUUCAAUUUUCUGGGUAGCGAUAUUGACUGGAAGUAUAAUACAGAGAGCGAAUCGGACGCUUGUCUCAACAAGGAUGACCGGCGUUGUUAUUGGCCGCGAGGGAAAGUUCUCGGUGGGACAAGUGUAAUGAAUGGUAUGACCUACAUGAGAGGAUCCCGAAAGGAUUACGAUGAUUGGGUCAGGCUUGGUAAUCCUGGCUGGUCCUAUCAAGACGUUUUGCCAUUUUUCAUCAAGAGCGAGGACAAUCAGCAAGUUAACGACAUGGAUUACGGUUAUCAUGGUGUCGGUGGUCCGCUGACCGUUACGCAAUUCCCAUAUCAUCCACCUCUCAGUCAUGCAAUCAUCGAAGCUGGCAAAGAAUUAGGAUACGCCAACGUUGAUCUCAAUGGAAAAACUCACACCGGUUUCGCAAUUGCUCAGACCACUUCGAGAAACGGUUCGAGAUUAUCGACCGCACGUGCCUUCCUGAGACCAGCGAAAAAUCGUCGUAAUCUUCACAUUAUGUUGAAUUCAACCGUAACGAGAAUUAUUUUCGAUGAAAAUAAACAAGCUGUAGGCGUCGAAUUCUCUCACGAUGAUAAAAUUCACCGGGUCGCUGUGUCGAAGGAAGUCAUCGUGAGUGGAGGAGCUGUGAACUCGCCUCAAAUUCUUCUGAACAGUGGAAUUGGACCUCGAACUGAACUGGCUGCAGUCGGAGUCCCGCUUGUUCAUGAUUUGCCUGGAGUUGGAAAAAAUCUACAUAACCACGUCGCUUAUGCUCUUGCGUUCACGAUAAACGAUACUGAUACUACUCCUCUCAAUUGGGCUACCGCUAUGGAAUAUUUACUCUUUCGAGAUGGACUUAUGUCCGGCACAGGUAUAUCCGAAGUGACGGCAAUGAUAAACACCAAAUACGCCGAUGCUCGGGAGGACCACCCAGACAUUCAGUUAAUCUUUGGUGGUUAUCUCGCAGAUUGUGCAGAAACUGGAAUGGUAGGUGAGAAAAAAGGUACGAAUCGUUCGAUCUACAUAAUUCCAACGCUGCUGCAUCCUAAGAGUCGUGGUUAUUUGCGUCUCCGCAAUAACGAUCCGUUGUCGAAACCAAUGAUUUAUCCGAAAUAUUUGACGGAUCCGGACGACGUUGGGGCUCUCAUCGAGGGCAUUAAAUUUUCCAUACGCCUCGCCGAAUCUCGAACUCUAUCGCGUUAUGGCUUUCAACUGGAUCGAACUCCCGUCAAAAAUUGUCAACACUUGAAAUUCGGGUGUGAUGCUUACUGGGAAUGUGCAAUAAAACAUGAUACCGCACCGGAAAAUCAUCAAGCUGGUUCUUGCAAAAUGGGUUCAGCUAGUGAUCCAUUAGCUGUCGUUGACAGUCGUCUGAGAGUGCGAGGAGUUCGAGGGGUGCGCGUUGCCGAUACGAGCAUCAUGCCUAAAGUAACCUCCGGUAAUACGAACGCACCUGCGAUCAUGAUCGGCGAACGAGCAGCCGAUUUCAUCAAACGAACGUGGCUCGUCGGAGAUUCCAACAUGCUAAACAGAUAUUGAACUCUUCAUCGCAGAGAUAUAUUCGAGUUAACAUUUUAUUUUAUUUUUUCUUUUCUUUUUUUAUUCAAAUUACGUGCAGAUGCGGGCGGGCCCCGUGCGAUAAAUAAUCUCUCGCUAGGGUCUGUUACGUCAACUAUAUACAAUAAAGAUUCAACAUUGCUCUAGUUUUUUUUUUUUUUUUUUUUUACUAGCAGAAACUCAGCAAAUACUAAAAUCGCAAAAUGAAAACGUCUGAAUUGCAAAUGAAUUUAGAUGUUGCAAAAUGGAAUGUGUUUUAUCGUAUUAUAUACAAAAACAAAAAUGUCGAUGCAUCGCCUGAAAAUAUAUGCAAGACAAUCUGCUCUGAUAUGCAAACUCUUAUAUAUGUCUUGAGCGGAAUGAUUCUUAAGCUAUGAUAAUUCUCUUUUUUUUUUGCUUAUCACUACGAUACAGUGGAAUGAAUUGUUAAUUAUUCACUCCAUUUUAUUUUACCGCUGUAUUGUAACUGUAUUAACAAACGAUUACGACGGUUGUAUGGAACAAAUUUGACAUUUCUAUUGUAGAACACCAUGUCGCGCUAUUCGCUGUAAUAUAAACCAUGCACUGUUCGUUAUACCUCUCGUGGAGCUCCAACAGAUUGUGCACAGUAUUAUUCGUACGUACGUGUCGAUUAAACUGUGUUAAUCUUGGGAGCUUUCAUGACUAUGUACAAAAGAACCCAGACUCGCUGUAAUCAAAUGAUAAUAACAAUUUAUCGACAUCGGAACUUUCAAGCCAA